AUGGCCUCCCACGGCCGUCUUGAUGUGUUAGUCAACAAUGCCGGCAUCGUUGUCCGUGGCGAAGCACGAGACGCUGCCCGGCGUAUUUUCCAGACCAAUGUCAUUGGCUACAUUAGCGUCACCGAAGCCUUUUUGCCCCUUUUGCGCCAGGCGCCCAAGCCGCGACUUGUUUUCCUGUCGAGUAGCUUGGGGUCCCUAACCCACGCUUCCAACCCAGAGAGCAAGUACUACGCGUCGCGCGCAACCGAGUACAGGGCAGCUACGGCAGCGCGAAACAUGAUUAUGAACCAGUAUUGGGUGCGGCUGCAGCAAGAAGGCGGCGGCGGCAAGUUUUUGGUUCACGGGGCGGAUCCGGGCCAGGUGGCGACGAAUUUGUUUGAUACGCCGGAGCAGCUGAGAGCAAGAGGAGCGGCCGAGCCAGAAGUGGGCGGAGAGCGCGUGGCUUCCAUUAUAAGAGGGGAAAGAGACGCUGAUGCUGGACGGGUGUGCGCAGAGUACGGUGUUGUGCCUUGGUAA